AUGGUAUUCGUGUCAAAAGCUGCUCCACUGAACCUCUCGACCACACCGGUACACGAGCGUAUUCUUCAGGCAUGCCGAAUCCAUUCGGUCGCCAAUAAAGACGCUGUGGUGUUUAUUGAUGCGGAGACAACGACGAAAAAGAAAUUCUAUCGUGACGUGGAGCCGACUGUGAAUAGCUUGGCAACGGCGCUUGUGAAGCUGGGAUUCAAGCCAGGAGACGUGGCUGCUCAAGCUUUUCCAAAUUGUCCGGAAUUCCUAAUCUCCAUGUUGGCUGUGAUGAAAUGCGGAGGCGCUAUGUCAAAUGCUAGUGCGAUUUUUACAGACUACGAGCUUCAUCUCCAAUUCAAUGACUCGAAUACCUCGAUUGUCUUCACUGACGAAGACCGUUUGGCACGUGUCCGUCGGGCAGCCGCCAAGUGUCCGGGAGUUCGAAAAAUCAUUUGUCUUCGAACUUUUCCGUUGAGAGGCGAAUUUCCGGAGAAUGUUCUAGAUUUUGUGGAAUUGACACAAACACCGGAUCAACCAAUUAAUGUAGUUGUCUCCCCCGACUCAAUUGCCCUCCUCCCCUACUCAUCUGGAACCACUGGCCGUCCCAAAGGGUGUCAAUUGACACAUCACAACAUUUCCGCGAUGUUGGACAUUGCCGUCAACCAUUUGCAAACUGAAAUUGGUCCGGCAAUGUUUGGAAAAGAGAAAGCCACGUGGCAAAAGGAGCAUGUGCUUCUGUUGUUGCCAUGGUACCAUGCCUAUGGGCUCAAUACAAUGCUCGAGUCGAUUUUGCUCGGAAUGACUGGAUUGGUUUUUAAGAAGUUUGAUACGAUUGUUAUGCUAAAUCGUAUCAAGUUUUAUAAGGUGAAACUGGCGUGGCUGGUCCCUCCAAUGCUCAUUUUCCUUGCCAAAGACGUUAUGGUUCCGAUUUUCAACAUUGCCCCAUUCCUGAAAGUGAUUCUUUCCGCUGGAGCAACUGCCGGAAAACAGUUGUGCGAAGAAGUGAAAAAACGCUUCCCGAACGCCUGGCUUUGUCAGGCAUACGGUAUGACUGAGAUGGUCCAAUUCACGACGUUCCCCAAACUGGAAAAUGGAGAUUGUUUUGAGACGGUUGGAAGUUUGGGACCAACGUAUGAGUUGAAGAUUUUGGAUAAGGAUAAUAAGGAGAUCACAAAAAUCGACACCGUGGGUCAGUUGUGUUUCCGUGGGCCGACUGUAAUGAAGGGAUACUUGAAGAAGGAAGAAGUUGAAAUCAUCGAUUCUGAUGGUUUCCUAAAAACUGGAGAUUUGGGAUCCAUCGAUGCCAAAGGACGUAUUCAUGUGACUGGGAGAAUCAAGGAGUUGAUUAAAGUUAAUGGAAUGCAGGUCCCACCCGUUGAAAUCGAAGACGUCCUUCUUCUCCAUCCAAAAGUCAAGGACUGCGCAGUUAUCGGAAUCCCAGACGAUCAGAAAGGCGAAUCCCCAAAAGCCUACGUCGUCAAAAAAGAUCACACACUGACCGAAGCCGAGCUUACUGACUUUGUCCGUCAGAAGCUCUCCUCAUACAAAUGGAUUGAUUCCUACGAGUUCAUUGAUGUGAUUCCAAAAUUGCCAUCUGGAAAAAUUCAGCGGAAAAAGUUGAAGGAAAUGGCAAUGGCCGUUGGGUCCACAGAGAACUCGGAAUCCGAAAUGAGCCAGAAAAGUGCUGAAACUACGACUGGAAAGAGUGCAGAGGUGUCGGUUAGAAGUGCUGAGAUGAGCAAUAACUGA